CGGCCAAUCCUCUGCUCUUGGCCAACGGAGGCCUCCGAGCGGCCGCCUGCGGGGAGGACCCAGGAGCGGGGUCAAGAAAUUGCCGGGCAAGGGGUGGGGGGCACAGGGAAGCCGGGCGCUGUGGGUCACGUGACCGCGCGGGGCGGAAAACCAGGUCGGGAGGCCGGUCGGCCGGCGACGCCAGGACCAGUGGUUUGGCAAUAAAACUGAUAAAAGGAGAGACCAUCAUCAGAAACACCAAUAGUGGCAUUUACAGACAGCACCCGUGCUCCUGAGGUGACUCUAGGAGCCAAUGAUGCUGCCUGAACCUGGGAUCUAUUACUUCCCCUGGGAGGUCAGUGGUGGCCAAGUUCCUGAUGGGGGCUCACUGAGAACAUUUGGCAGGUUGGGCCUCUACGACAUGGCCCAGUCCAGAGUGACCCUGAUGGCUCAGCACGGAUCGGAUCAGCACCACAUCCUGGUCUGUACCAAGCUGGUGGAGCCAUUCCAAGCCCAGGUGGGCUCCCUGUACAUUGUUCUUGGGGAGCUUGAGCACCAGAAGGACGGAGGUGCCAUGGUGAAGGCCCGGGUGCUGACUUGUGUGGAAGGAAUGAAUCUACCCUUGUUGGAACAAGCCAUCCGGGAGCAGAGGAUGUACCAGCAGGAGAGGGACAGCAGCCGAUAGGAAAUGACAGCUCCCUCCUUUGUCACAUGCUCCACAGGAGAUUCUGGUGUGCUGCUCAGAAGGUGCUGGAGCUCUCCCCAGAGUGACAGCCUUUGGCUGAGACCUGAGAGUAGAGAGGAGGGCUUGUUAAACCAGCCCUUCCCCUAAUUUGCAAUUGUGCCAGCAACGAGAGCCCGGAGAACAGUCAUCAAAGCCUGGCACCCCUACUCCCGCAGGCCGCGCUCUGGGGCCCUCAGGGCCACAGACAUCCUGUACCUUGUGUGGAGUCAUGGAGAGUUCCAGAAGGUCCUCCUGAAUAAAGGCCUCGGGGCAUGACCUUUCAAUGUGUGCACGUGGUGCAGCGCCGGCUGGGGCCAGGAGGGGGAGCUGUGGAACAGGCAGUCUGCCUGGCCUUGAGGCUGCAGGGAACGCUGGGUUU